AGGUGACACCGGGGGAGGGCUAGGCACUCACUUCACAGGGCAAUCAGUCAAUUUCAUGGAAUUCUUGCCUUAUUUGUCACAAUAAGUGGGAGUUGGGAAAUGUAGGAGUGUCUGAUUAGUAGCUGACCAACUGUGAUGUGCCUGAGAGUUUGGGACAAGAGCUUCAGAUAAAGGAAAGGGAGAUUAAAUAUGCCUCAGGGGGAGUGAGGAAGACAAAGAAAGUUCCUGGUACUCUCGUAAGUGGUAGGGAAACACAGCAAAGACAGAUAGAUCAGAUAGGUAGGUAAAUAGAUAGAUAGAUAGAUAGAUAGAUAGAUAGAUAGAUAGAUAGAUAGAUAGAUAGAUAGAUAGAUAGAUCAUGAACAAUGGAGGUUCUGAUAAGUGUGACUUAAAUGCCAUUCGGCAGUGAGCGAUAAGGUGGACAAAAGACAAAGAAUCCAAGCCACUGUGAAGGAGCAGUCAGAUAUCAGGUUCUACACUUGUUCUGGGGAAGCGGUGUUUCCAGUGCUUGAAAUGUCACGCAGGAAGCAAAGGAAACCUCAACAGCUUAUCUCCGACUGUGACAACUCAACCUCUUCAGAGAAUGGGGACACAGCAGGUGAAGAAGUUCAAGUGUGUCAGAAAUGCUGCGCCCAGUUUGACGAACCCUCUGAUUUCACCCGACAUAAAGAAUGCUGUUCUCUUGACAACCAAAUUGUUGUGAUUGUAGAGAACCAGGGAGAGUCUAAAAGGAACCAGCAAGAGAGCAUUAUUGAGGACUCUGCCUCACAACCUAACUCUCCAGAAAUUGCUGGGCCAAGAAAGAAAACAAUGGUGAAUGGACAAUGUGACCAAGAAACACAUUAUCAAAUGAUGGGAUCUGUGAGACCAGAGAUGGACAAAAAGGGUGUGGGACCCUCUCAGCGCUUCCUUAUUCCUAAUGGGGGGUUAGUAAUGGAUGGUCUGCCAGGACCAAAGGUGGGUAUGGCUCCUAUGAGUCAAGAAGCCAUCCCUGGGGGUCAGACUGCUUCAGCUCCCAUAAACAUUCCCAUGAUUCUGGAAGAACUUCGAGUUUUACAGCAGAGGCAGAUACAUCAGAUGCAAAUAACAGAGCAAAUAUGUCAACAGGUACUAAUGCUUGGAUCCCUUUCCAUGACUCCUUCAAAUCCAACAACAUUACAACAAGAAAGGAACACUGCAACAAAACCCUUACCUGUCUUCAGUCCAUCAAAACCAUCUGAAUCUAUUCCAGAAUCAACAAAGACAUUUUGCAGAGAUGAGCCUCCAAAGCAGACUUUUCUUCACCUCUACAAUCCUAUAGGACAAGCAUUUGGGGCUAGGAGCAUUCCAAACUUAAAAGACAAAUUGAUAGGGGGCAUCUGUGAAAAACCAGUUCUAGGACAAUCUUCACUUCCAAGCUCACCAGCAAGCCCACUCAUUUCACCACAUGCAAUAUUUUCACCAAGUUUGCCAUCCUUACCAUCUGGAUUAUUUUUAGGGGCUAGGGUAUUAGAAACGACCCCACCCCAUUUAAAGCAGAAGAACAAUGAGUCGCUACGUGUUGAAAGCCAACUAGAAAGAUCAUCAGGAAAGCACAAAUGUCGCUUCUGUGCAAAGGUUUUCGGCAGUGAUAGCGCCUUACAAAUACACUUACGUUCUCACACUGGGGAACGACCGUACAAAUGUAAUAUAUGUGGAAAUCGUUUUACUACUAGAGGCAACCUGAAAGUACACUUUCAUCGACAUAGGGAAAAGUACCCUCAUAUACAAAUGAAUCCACAUCCUGUUCCAGAGCAUUUGGAUUAUGUUUUGACAAGUAAUGGACUUCCGUAUGGCAUGUCAGUACCUCCAGAGAAAGCAGAGGAAGAAAUAAUAGAAAAGAAACCAGUUGUACCUCCAAUAAUGUCAACAGAAGGCUUCUUCUCAAGUUCUGUAAACCAAGGAUUACCAGCACUUAACAAACUGGUACUCGUGAAAGCAAAUGAUACUGCUUUGAAAAAUUCUAAUGUAUGUCCAAAAGCAAAGUCUGAUGAAAAUACCCCUCCCAUUGAAAGAUCAUCCACAGGGACAGCUGACGUCAGUAGUAGGAUGCAACUUAGCAAGCUGGUUACCUCUUUUCCAAGUUGGGCACUGCUAGCCAGCCAUUUUAAAUCUGGAGGCUUUCCUUUUUCAUACACUGUUGAACCACUGGCAUACUCAGAGACUUCAAAAUUACAACAGUUAGUUGAAAAAAUUGACAAGCAGGCAACAGUUCCAAACCAGUGUGUUAUCUGCUUACGAGUAUUAAGUUGUCCCAGGGCACUUAGGCUCCAUUAUAACCAACAUGGAGGGGAAAGACCAUUUAAGUGUAAAAUAUGUGGACGGGCAUUUUCAACUAAAGGCAAUUUAAAAGCCCAUUUUGUAGGUCAUAAAACUAGUUUGUCAUCAAAACCUCAAAAUUCAUGUCCAAUUUGCCAGAAAAAGUUUACCAAUGCUGUCACUCUCCAGCAGCAUAUAAGAAUGCAUCUUGGUGGGCAGAUUCCAAAUGGAGACAUAUCACCUGGAGUCGGCAGCAAAACAGAAACCAUAGAAGACAAAAGCAUUCCAGAUUUUUCAGAUGAAGUUAGUACUGAAGAUGAUUCCUUGGAUGUAAGUGAAUCUGAAAGUGAAAAGGCAGCACUAGUAGAGUCCGAAAUAUCAAGCAUGGAUGAUGACUCCACAGCUUCUGUUGUGAAGAACAACGAUGACAGGGCAUCACCUUCUGCUGCUCUCCAGCCUUUGCCGUUUCCUGCCACAGAAUCAACUAUUUCCCCAGAUCAACCACUUAGCACGUCAACAGAACCAGGCUCACCUCUAGAGAAAGCAAAUAGUUCUCAUUUAAGUAACGAGGAGGAAGACAAAGCUGAGGAAAACAAGAAUCCAGAAAAUACAGAUGAGAAUAGUCUAAAUGGAAAAAUCGAUACAGAACAGAAAGAUCAAGAUACACAAAUAAGCACCACAGCUGAGGGAAGUCCCAAUAAAGAGGAAGCCCAUGUGUGUGAUUUUUGUUCUGAGAAAUUACCCAGCACUGAGUCACUGGGGGAGCAUGAGAAAUGCCACACCAAAGAUGGAUUGUUCCAUUGUUUGGUUUGCAAACAAAGCUUUCUGGAGGCAUCCAUUCUGAAGAAGCAUGUGCUACAGGCACACCAGGUGAGCCAAACCUUUCCUCCUCAGCCAAUGAGCAGCCCCAAACACCCAUCUCCAGCCCAAAUAUUACUGAAGAGUGAAGCUUUAAGCCCACCCCAGACACUGGCACUGGUUCAGCUCCCAGGGCUACCGCUGGCCUCAUCCCUCUCCCCUCCUUUGAGACGCAGCCCUAAGCAGCAUCUGUGCAUAGUUUGUAAGAAGAUGUUCUCAUCGGCCAGUGCAUUGCAGAUUCAUGAGCGGAUUCAUACAGGAGAGAAGCCUUUUUCCUGCAAUAUGUGUGGAAGGGCGUUCACCACAAGGGGGAACCUUAAGGUACACAUGAGUACUCAUGUAUGGAAUAAUACCUCUUCAAGAAGAGGAAGACGUUUAUCUCUGGAUAACUUAAGCCCUCUGCUCUCAGGAACCCCAAUGAAGCUGCAAGACUUCCUCUCCAGGGAUAUUCCUACACAACUUGUUGGAGUUAGCCCUUUAUCGUUUUGGAAUCAAUACACAGCUUACCUCACUAGUGGUCCACCAUCAGCAACUGGUAACAUAACUUCUACAGCUGCGGUCAUUUCACCCCCUGCUCUGAUUGGAUUGCGAGCAGCUAAAGUUGGGCACAUUCCGGCGGGAGGACUAGUGGAGGUCAAAGAAAAGAGUCCAAGCAUUGCAGAGGCUUUACAUGAGAGUCCCAUUAAAGAAGAAAAGUAGACUGAGCCUUAUGAACAUGGCAGUAGAUAUGACUGAUAGUCAUAUAAUGUAAAGACUGAGUUUGUAUUGUGUGUUUAAAGUGUCACACAUUGCCUACUCUUCUUAUACAGCGGACAGUUUCCAGAAAUGGUUCUACUGUGUCCUGUUAGAUUUCGGUCUGGUAAAAUACAGUGAGGUCUCAAUGAGAUAUACAAAAAAAAACUAGUGAACAGCGCUAGCAUAUAUCCCAGUUUACGAGGGACAAUCCCAGGUUUGAAUAUUAAACUUCCAUUUGAAAAACGUAAUUCUCUCUAGUUUGCAGAAACGGAGAAGAAUUCACGGAAUCAUCCAAGAACACGUCAAAUAUGCCUUAAUUUUGUAUUGAUAUAGAUUCUACAAUUAUUUUUUCAAGAAAAAAAAUGCCAGUACUGAGUAAAACGACAUGAACAUGUGAUAAUAGAAGGACAAUACCAGAAGUAGUUCUAGCUUUUGCGUCGACGACAACCUGGAAAAACUUUGAUCUGUAACGUACUAUCAUUUUCAAAAGUGACAGCCAACAAACAUGACGGAAAAGCAUUCCUGCACUUCUUAAAACAGAUGGCCUUUUGGACAUUGAGCUUAUCAUAAUGCAUCAUAGCAUUAUCUACACAACAAUGCUCAGGAAGUUGGAAGAACUAAAACCACUUUCAACACAAAGCACAAGCAGGCUUUUUUUUGUGCUGAAAACAAUACACAAUGCAAUAAUCCACAGUGACCAACACCAUUCAUCUUCCACAGUUCAGCCUUUUUUCAAACUGAUUGGUAAAUAAGAGCUACUGCAUAUGCACAUUGUUACGUUUAGUUAAAACAUUUGUUACAUUUUGGAUACAACAGGGAAAGUUAGAACCUCUGUUCCCCUAAUUGGGAAGAUCUCUUGCUUAUUUCUUGCCCCAAGAGAUAGUAGUCACUCAUUAACAUUAGAGGUGGGACACAAAUUCUCUAUGGGAACACAGCUAGCAGUAAAGCCAUUGCAGAAGCUCUGAAUACUCUUCACUGAAAUAAAAGGGUUUUUAUUGAUGCCUGUGUUUCAUGCUCGGAACAUUUCCCACAGCUCUCUGUCCCAGAUGUCAUCAGACACCAAAAGAGGAACCUGGGAUAAAUGUGGGCUCAGACAGCAGUAAAAACCAUACAGAGGUCCAAGUCCUUAUCUUCCAAAACAAAGAAAAACUGUUUGCGCUGGACUUCUGUGUAAAAAUGUAUCCCAGAUUCUGACUAUCUAUAACAUUUUACAAGUUCACUGCUAAAAUGCCUGCCUACACAACAGCCAUUCUCACUGUGAUUUCCCUUUAUAUGUGCCUGCAUAUGACAGAUUAUUUUUUGUUAGAGACAAUGCAGAAAUGAAGCACUCGUGCAUCGUUUUUAAUGCGAGAGACAAUACAGAGAUGAAGCACUCAUACAUGCUUCUCACUAGCACCACUCAUCUGCUUAUAUUUGACAUUGAUAAUUAUUUUUAUCUUUAUCAGACUUGAUGUACUCACUGCAUCUGACUUACAUCGUGAUUUCUGCUAGACCCUCCUUUGUCUGCAUAGGAUGUUCUCUCAAACAGUAGUAUGUUUUUGCUAAAAUAGUUUAUAUGCUUGUGCUUAAUAAAGGAUAUUCUGUUAUAAAUUUUAA